AACACUGCAACAGUAGCAAGAAAAAGUACGCACAGUACGCACAUGUUGAGAAGGACUGACAAAGAAACACUCACAGAAAGAUACAAGAGAAGAGCAACCAGAGGAGAAGACAAGCAAAUGCAAAAGAGACUCAGCAGAAAUCAAGAAACGCAGCAAGUCACCUUUUAAAACUCUGCAAGGAUUUUACAAAAAAGAUUUUUUUUUCUCCAGACCUACAUUAUGGCCUCGAUGGGGAUGCAGAUGUUUGCUAGUGGCCUCUGCCUCCUCGGUUGGGCAGGGGUCAUCGUCAUCUGCUUACUGCCAAUGUGGAGGGUCUCGUCCUUUGUGGGCACCUCCAUCGUCACCUCCCAGAUUUUCUGGGAGGGUAUUUGGAUGGCCUGCGUGGUCCAAAGCACAGGUCAGAUGCAGUGUAAACCUUACGAGUCCCUCCUUGCCCUCAGUGGUGACAUGCAGGCUGCCAGAGCUCUCACUGUCAUUUCAAUCACUGUAGGUGCAGCAGGACUUAUUAUGGCCUUUGUUGGAGGAAAGUGCACCCGCUUCUUGGAUGAAACUGGAAAUGGGGCAAAGGGCAAGGUGGCUGUUGUGGCAGGAGCAAUGUUGAUGGCUGCAGGUCUGUUCUGUUUGAUUCCUACAUCUUGGGUGGCUGGGGCUUUAGUGAAGAACUUCUACAGUGCCUACAGUGAUGCUCAGAAGAGGGAGAUUGGUGCCUGUCUUUACAUUGGCUGGGGAGCAUCUGUUUUGCUUGUUCUGGGAGGCGGUUUAUUCAUCAGCUCCGCACGCCCCAUAAAAGCCCAUGACACAGAGAAGAGGACGUCUGUGCGUUACCAGGUGGUUCGCUCCUACAACGGGUCCAACCUGGGGGGUUCUCAUCGCAGCAGGGCGCCAUCAGCAAAGUCACUGCCUGUUGGAGUGGACUACCCCAGGCCUCAUGGCUAUGAGGGAGUGACUUCAAAGCCCCAGCAGUACCCAAGGCCUCCAUCCUAUCAGUAUAUGUCUGAGCAGGGCUCAAAAGAGGAGUCAGAGAAAUCAUGGGUACCUUCAACAAAGUCACAACUGAAAAAGGCAGACUCGACAAAAUCGAAACACAGUGAUGUACCAUCUACAAAGUCUCAGCUGAAAGAAGCAGAAAUGGACACCUUAUCAGUUAAGAGUGACGGGGAAGAUUUAUCCUCAAACCCACCAAAGACAUACUUAUAAUAUAAUUACAUAUAAUUAAAUAUGUGUACUUAUGUUGGCACAAAAGACAGUUUACUAUACUGCUAUUUAU